AUGGGGCUUUUAAGCAGCCGAGUCUUGAGAUGCAGUGAUUCCAGUCCUGCAGAGGCAGAGCAGCCAGAAGCCACUGCAGGUCCCAGUUUCCUGUCAGGCAAUCGCAAGCGCAAACAGAGAAGUUGGGACUGUUCGGGACCUGGACCCAGCUCUAACAUCCACGGAUCUCAGAACCAGGGAAUAAAUCUACAGCAAGUUUUUGGCAUCGUCUGCAGGAAAAAAGUGAAGCUCUCAUCUAAGCGUGCUUACCAAUCUUUAUUUUUGGAUGGGGAAGACAGUGAUAUCAAAAUCCGUGCUCUAGGGAAAACAUGGCCUUUACACAAAGUAUUUUUAUGUCAGUCAGGCUACUUUGCUAAUAUGCUCAAAGGUUCCUGGAAAGACUCGCACAAUGAUAUUAUUGAAUUGGAGAUUAAGAACGAGGACAUAGAUGUGAGAUCCUUGUACUUUGUGUUUGGUUCCUUGUAUAGGGACGAGGUCCUGCCAAUCAAGCCCCUCCAAGUUCCUCAUGUUUUGGCCGCAGCAAGCCUGCUUCAGGUAGAGCAUGUAGUUCAUCAAUGUAAGGAGACCAUGAUGAAAACCAUCAACAUGAAAAACGUGUGUUUGUUCUAUACAGCAGCAGAAACCUAUCGAUUGAAAUCUGUAAAGACACAGUGCUUUAAAUGGCUUCUUUCUCAUUUGAUGACACACCCGAGUGUUGGACUUUACAAAGAAAUUGACAUAAAGCUCAUGUACCUUCUUGUGUCUUCAUCAGACCUGCUAGUGAUGCAAACGGAAAUUGAUAUAUAUACCACACUCAAAGAGUGGAUAUUCCUUUAUCUUAAUCCUCACUGGAAAGGUUCAGUGGAACAGCUUUUAGCUAGUGCCAACAGCUGGCUUUCCAAGCACAUGGAAGGUAGUGAGAGCAUCACUUUUCUCGAAAGUGAAGAAGGACUAAUAUUUCAACCAGUGUUUAAAAAAUUGAGGUUUCAGCAUAUCAUCUGUGACCUAGCCUCCACAACUCUUCUUGAACGAGAUCGUCUAAUACCUUUAGAAUGGUUGUCACCCGUUUAUAAACAACAAUGGCUGACUUUGCUCCACUCCCAACAACACAAGGAAAUUGGGCCAGGAAUCAUCAAUGAAAAGGAACUUGAAGGAUGUAGCAUGAGAUGUGGUACAAAGAUCAACAGAGAUGGUAAAUACUCCUGGAAGUGGUCACAUUGCAAAUUUAGCUUUCCUUUACAUAUCAUCUUUACCAACCGUUAUAUCAUUUUUAAGCAAAACCGCCAACCAUGUGAUGGUUCUGCCUGUUUAAAACAGAUACGGAAUGUAGUAUACAGAAUGACUUUGGCGUAUUUUGACUCCAAUGGGAAACUAACUUUCAGUAGAACAACUGGUUAUAAAACCAUUACUUUCAAAGAUAACGAGGAACAAAUUGCAAUGAAGUUAGAUGGCAUAAUUUUAAGCUUCCCUUUAUAUGUAUUCUGCAACUUCCUGUUUACAUCAUUAGCAAAUAUGGAAAACAUGUAA